AUGCCUCCAGCACCAGAUACCAUGCCUCCAACACCAGGCACCAUGCCUCCAACACCAGACACCAUGCCUCCAGCACCAGAUACAAUGCCUCCAGCACCAGACACCAUGCCUCCAACACCAGAUGCCAUGCCUCCAGCACCAGACGCCAUGCCUCCAACACCAGAUGCCAUGCCUCCAGCACCAGACGCCAUGCCUCCAACACCAUAUGCCAUGCCUCCAGCACCAGAUGCCAUGCCUCCAACACCAGGCACCAUGCCUCCAGCACCAGACACCAUGCCUCCAGCACCAGACGCCAUGCCUCCAACACCAGAUGCCAUGCCUCCAACACCAGGCACCAUGCCUCCAGCACCAGACACCAUGCCUCCAGCACCAGACGCCAUGCCUCCAACACCAGAUACCAUGCCUCUAGCACCAGACGCCAUGCCUCCAACACCAGAUGCCAUGCCUCCAGCACCAGAAACCAUGCCUCCAGCACCAGAUGCCAUGCCUCGAGACCAGGCAGCCCCCUAA